AUGGCUUCUCAGAGCCUCAAUCGUCUCGCCGGAAAAGUUGCCCUGAUCACAGGAGGGGCGUCAGGAAUAGGCCUGGCGGUAGCACAAACCUUCUUGACGGAAGGCGCCAAGGUGCUUGUGGUCGACUAUUCUGCUGCGAACAUUGAGUCGGCGCGCUCACUCCUCUCCUCGCAAGGGCUCGCGUCAGACAUUGUUAAGUUUCACCAGGCCGAUGCGAGUGAUGAAGAGUCGGUGAUCGCCUUUGUGGACAAGUGCGUCCAAGAUUUUGGAAGUUUGGAUAUUGCAGUACUCAACGCCGGCAUCGGGACUCAAUUUUUCAUCUCCGACUUGACUACUGCGGAAUAUGAUCGUAUGAUGCGCAUCAACGCUCGUGGUCCAUUCCUCGGAGUAAAAUAUUCCGCGCAGAAGAUGAAGAGCUUGGGCGUGGGGGGUAGUAUCAUUUGCACAGCAAGCAUUGCCAGUCUGGUGGCUCACCCCGGGGUGUGUGCCUACAGCAUGGCCAAGUUUGCAGUUCGUGCUCUCAUGAUCACUGCGGCGCAGGAGUUCGCAAGGGACAAGAUCAGAGUCAACGCAGUUUCACCCGGCUAUGUACGGACAUCUAUGAUCAAUGUCUUUGAGGACCUUGAAGCCCGCCUUGAAGCUACUCCAGCCGGUAAGGCGGCGGAACCCAUGGAAGUUGCGAAGGUGUUCUUGUUCCUAGCCAGCGACGAGGCGUCAAUGGUGUCGGGAAGCAACUACCGUGUUGAUGGAGGGUGGGUCAACCAUUAG